AGCCUUAAAUUGUUUGAUUUUCUUGCUCAUCACACAUAUACAUCAAAUUAAACUCAACCUCUACCAAACCACAAGAAUCCAUGGAAGAAAAAGAGAAGAAGCAGAAGCAAAAGCAGAAUAAGAAGCAAAAGCACCAACAUCCAAAUGAUCAAACCAGCAAACCAGCAUCAGAUUUUUCAUUCAAGCCAAGCUCAGAAGUGAAGGGUCUUCGUUUUGGAGGUCAAUUCAUGGUAAAAUCUUUCCCAAUCCGGCGAGCAAGGCCACUUGAGCUUCUAAAAAUCCUUUCUUAUCCACCAACAAACAGAAACAACAACAACAGCAGCAGCAGCAGCAAAAUCCCUUUCCCUUCAACAACAGCUUUUUUGCCUACAAAUUUUACAAUCUUAGCUCACCAAGCUUGGCAUACUCUAACACUUGGCCUUGGAACCAAGAAAUCCAAAGUUCUUGUUUUUGUUUUCGAAUCUGAGUCUAUGAAGUUGGCUGUAGACAGAAUCUGGCCACCAGAGAUUCCUCUAGGUGAAGCGAACAAGAAGCUUAUCAGAGGCUUAACUGGGUCUGAAAUGGCAAGAUUUAAGUUCAGAAAAGGCUGCAUCACCUUCUAUGUUUAUGCAGUGAGAAAAUUAGGAAACAUGGGAUUUUCUUGUUCAGAUGAUUUAAGAACAAUAUUAGAAUCUGUGGUUUCUUUAAAAGAUUUCUUGGAUCACACUGCUAUGCUUGCAAUGCCUCACCAGAGAAGCAUCAAUUAUCAAGCUCCAGUUGCUAUGGCUCAUUAGUUAAUUUUUCUUCUUCAUCUUUUAGGCCAUUCAAUUUCUUUUAUUAAAUAUUUUGUUAGUGAAAUGUUGGGGGCAUUGAUUUAUUUUUUUUGGGAUCUUCUGUCUGUUUCUUUUUUUCUUUUCAAAAUUUAAUAAAAUUAAAUUUAACAUGAUGAAUAAAUUGGACUUAUUUCACAGA